GUAAACGAAACAUACAUCGCGGACGUCUUCAGCACGGUCGGUGACAUUGCUAAAAAUGACAGAACUGGUGCUCCUCGUGUGCGAAUUUAUACAGACAGAGGAACAGGAGAUGCCAAGGGAGAAUGCGUGAUCACUUUCGUCAGCCCUGACGUGGCUCAACGAGCUAUCGAGAUGUACGAUGGCCAGCCGUUCCCCGGCGGCGAUCGCCCAAUGUCGAUCUCCAUCGCCAAGUUCAGGCCAACAGACCCCAAUUCGCGCGGCGGAGGCUUUCGUGGUGGACGAGGAGGUGGAGGCAGAGGCGGCUUCGGUGGGUUUAUUUACUCUAAUUGUUUUCAAACUUACUUUUCACAAUGCACUGCAUGA